ACAUUCUGCGCCGCCCAACUAACACCACAGCGAAUCGACAAUAGCGGGAUCAAAAUCUGUCCAGUCGACACAUCCGCCACCAUGUCCGACUCCCAAGUUACCCUGCGCACGCGCAAGUUCAUCCGCAACCCCCUCCUCGGUCGUCGCCAAAUGGUCGUCGAUGUUCUCCACCCCAACCGCGCCAACGUCUCCAAGGACGAGCUCCGUGGCAAGCUCGGUGAGCUCUACAAGGCCAAGAAGGAGGAUGUCUCUGUCUUCGGCUUCAAGACACACUUCGGUGGCGGCAAGAGCACCGGCUUCGCUCUCAUCUACGACAGCGCCGAGGCUAUGAAGAAGUUCGAGCCCCGCUACAGGCUCGUAAGAUACGGCAUGGCCACCAAGGUCGAGAAGGCCUCCAGGCAGCAGCGCAAGCAGCGCAAGAACAGGAUGAAGGAGUUCCGCGGUACCGCCAAGACCAAGGGUGGUGCGAAGAAGGACAAGAAAUAAGCGCAUCGACCAUAACGAUGACUACGAAGGUCAUGGUCGGGGCCGAACGGUGGCUACUCUGGAACUGGUUUGCCUGGUACUUGAUCACCACGGCACGCAUGGAGUUGCAGCGGGCAUCGGCAUGUAUAGCUAUGAACGCAUGAAAAACUCUUGCGCAUGGGAACGGCAAGAAGGAUGGCGUUUGAGGUUCAUUUCCUGCUCACCAUCAAUGCAUAUCAUGGACCCUUCGAAUUCAAAAAUAUUCGCCACCC